GAAAGAACAAGAGUAGCAGGGGGAACAGGGGGGACAAGGAAAACAGGGGGAACGGGGAGAACUAGGGGGAACAAAGAAAACAGGGGGAACGGGGGGAACAAGGGAAAGAAGGGAAACAAGGGGAACAAGGGAAACAAGGGGAACAAGGGUAACAAGGGGAACAAGGGAGAACAAGGUGGAACAGGGGGAACAAGGGGAACAAGGGGGGGAAAAGGGAACAGUGGGAACAAGGUGGAACAGCGGGAAACGGGAAAACAAGGGGAACAAGAGAGAACAGGGGAACAAGGGGAACAUGGUGAACAAGGGGUAAAAAGGGGGAACAAGGGAAAAAAGGGGUAACAGGGGGGGGGGAAUUAGGGGAACAGAGCAACAAGGGGUAACAAGGUUUGCGUCUUUUUCCUUUUAAUUUAGUUUCUUUCCUUUACAAAUUUAGUUUUUUUUAAUAUAUAUAUAUUAUUUUUCAUAGUUAAAAGAACAAGUAUUUGUAAUUAAUUUUUUCUAUCAAUAAAUAAAUCUACCUGGCAAAAAAAAAAAAUAAUAACAAGGGGAAAAAAGGGGGGAAAUGGAGAAAAGGGAAAAAGGGGAAAAAGGGAACAGGGGGAACAAGGAGGAACAAUGGGGAACGAGGGGAACAAGGGGGGACACGGUGAAGAGGGGGAAUGAAAACAAAAGGGGAACAAGCUGAAAAGGAGAACAGGGGGAACAAGGGGAACAGGGGGAACAAGGGGAACAAGGUGAA